GUCGCCACGGUGGCGGCCACGGCGUCUCGUCCCACCUCCGCGGCCCUGGGCGCCGUGGUGUCGUCGGGUCCAGAUCCGAUGACAGGCCAGGGCCAGGGCCAGGGCCAGGGCCAGUCUACGUCCGGGGCAUCGGCUUGGAGCGCGGUUUUCCGCCAUGUCCGAUACGAAAACCUGGUGGCCGGCGUGAGCGGCGGGGUGCUGUCCAACCUGGCGCUGCACCCGCUAGACCUCGUGAAAAUACGCUUCGCAGUGAGUGAUGGAUUGGAACUGAGACCCAAGUAUAAAGGAAUUUUACAUUGUUUGACUACUAUUUGGAAACAUGAUGGAAUACGUGGACUUUACCAAGGAGUCACGCCAAAUGUAUGGGGUGCAGGUUUAUCCUGGGGACUCUACUUCCUCUUUUACAAUGCCAUCAAAUCUUACAAGACAGAAGGAAGAGCUGACCGCUUAGAGGCGACAGAAUACCUGGUCUCAGCUGCUGAAGCUGGAGCCAUGACCCUCUGUAUUACAAACCCAUUGUGGGUAGCAAAAACUCGCCUUAUGUUACAGUAUGAGAGUGAGGUUAACCCUCCACAACGACAGUAUAAAGGAUUAUUUGAUACACUUACGAAAAUAUAUAAGUAUGAAGGUGUGCGUGGAUUAUAUAAGGGAUUUGUUCCUGGACUGUUUGGAACAUCACAUGGUGCUCUUCAGUUUAUGGCAUAUGAGUUGCUGAAGGUGAAAUACAACCAGCAUAUCAAUAGAUUACCAGAAGCGCAGCUGAGCACAGCAGAAUAUAUAUCCGUUGCAGCACUAUCCAAAAUAUUUGCCGUCGCAGCAACAUACCCAUACCAAGUUGUGAGAGCUCGUCUUCAGGAUCAACACAUUUUUUACAAGGGAGUGUCGGAUGUCAUCGCACGGACAUGGAGGAAAGAAGGCGUUGGAGGAUUUUACAAAGGAAUCAUCCCCAAUUUGAUUAGAGUGACUCCAGCCUGCUGUAUUACCUUUGUGGUAUAUGAAAAUGUCUUACAUUUUUUACUUGGCCUUUCAGAAAAAAAAACUUUGCAGGUCAGGUGGAACGAUCCCUGCCAGCACAAGAGGCGGGCCCUGUGUUGCCCAGCCAGUGUACAUGUUUAUAUUGCUACCUAUGUUUAUAAUAAAUGGUUUGGAAUUGGCACAAUUCCCUAA